AGCAACCAGUAGAUGAUGGAGUCCACCAACAGUAGACCGUCCACAGAGCUACAGAUCAUUCUUAUUAUGGAUUAAUAUGUGAGUGGACUGUACCAUGUCAUCAGCAGGGGAGGACCUUUGGGCUCUGUUCAAGAGGCCGAACAGAUGAUGAUCAUGACAGUGAUGCAGCUGUGCCGGGUUACAGCCCUGUGGAAGAGAUGCUACCUCAUCACCAUGUUACCUCAACUAUAACACAACAUGACCAGUAUUCUGCUGAUGUUGCUGCUGUCAGUCAUCAGAGCCCAGCCUGUGCCCCCUGGCCCAUCAUGCCCUGCUUCCUGUGUGGUUUGUUCUGAAGAUGCCGUCAUCUGUAACAGACUGGCUCACAUUAUCAACGCUCCAGACACAACCCAGGCUCUGCUGCUAACAGAGGGCUCCAUCUCCACAGUGCAGCCUGCCUCACUGUCUGACCUCAACAACAUUACAGUCAUAGGACUGAGUCAUAACCAUAUAUCAGUGCUGGGAGAACAGUCCUUCAGAAACCUGCCCUUCCUCCACACCUUACUGCUGGACCACAACCUCCUGACCAGCCAGGCCCUACAGGGGGGAGCUCUGACCAAUCUAACCCAUCUAGAAGUCCUCGCCCUGGGCCACAACAUCAUCAGCAUGAUCCAGGGAGGCUGGCUUAAAGGUAGCAAGGCCCUGCGGAGCCUGAAGCUGGAGGGAAACCUGCUUACAAGUUUGGACUCUGGUUCCUUUCCUCUGAAUGAUCUCAAAGCUCUGGAAAGUCUGGAUCUGUCAGAUAACCUGAUAGAUCAUCUGGACAGAAACAGCUUCAGUGGGUUGGUGAGCCUGCAGACUCUAGAUCUUUCCAGAAACCGUCUGAGUACGGCUCCUGCUGAGGCUUUUUCCUACCUCAGCUGGCUGACAAACCUCAACCUGGACCUCAACUCAUGGAACUGCUCCUGCCAGCUGCUGGAACUGGCUGCCUUCCUGUCCACCUUCAUACAAGAACCCGACAAGACCCUCUAUAAUGGCCGUAGGAUGGUGUGUGUGAGCGCCGACAACCCGGCUGUAACCACGGUGCUAGAGCUGACCGAGGCCAACUGUGUCCCGUCCAAUCAGAACAUCACAGUGCAGAUACAGACAAGAGGCAGCGUGACGCCUCAGCUGUAUGCACGAGAUCUGGCAAUCACAGCAGUCAUCUGCUUUAUAGGUGGCGUUGGCCUGACCCUGCUGGUAGUUCUGAUCUACUAUCAAGUCUCUCGGAGGAAGAAACGAAAAGAAAGUAAAAGACAGAAAACGGAAGAAGAGGGAAGAAGCACAAUGGCAAAUCACCAUGUCAAUCACCUAGAUGUUAGAGAAAAGAGGAGGGACCUCUUCUUGCAAGCAAAUAGCAGCCAGCCUUGGGACAGGGAAGUCAUGGCGUUGGAUGCAAGGACAGAUGGCCCUGGUCACCAGUUUAGGUCCCGAGCUGAGGAAAACGGCAGCCAUUUUAGGUGCCCGGAUUGUAGCACCGAAGGGCAGAGGGGGAUGGGGCCGAACCCGAUGAGAUGGAACAAUAGAAUAAAUGGGGGGAUGGAGGUAGAGGAGGAAAUAGUGAAGAGGCAAGUGAGGAUGAUGACAGAGGAAGAAAGGAGGAGGCUCGGGACUCAACAGGGAAUAAUCUUGAGCAGGGAUAUCCCCAACAAGCUUCUUUCUCAUGGCAACACCAACUCUUCUCAUCCACGGAAAGAAACCUUCAGUCAGAGACAAGAGACCCUGGCUGUUUACAGAGAGAUGGGUGAGAGCUACAGGACUGACAUGGAAGGGCAGAGGAACAGAGGACACGAGAAUUUACACUGCGAGAGCUGCCACAGGACAUACAGACCACCAGAGCAGAACACAAGACAAGGGAGGAUUCACACCAACAUGAGAGACUCUGCUCUGUUUGAUGGCUUCCCUUCUCAGUACAGACAAAUUGAAAGGGGUAGGAAUGCCAACCAAAACCAGUUUGACAUCGUGAAGAACACAGAGUUAAGAAGAGAAACAAGAAAUGUAACAUUUGAUCUGAAAAAGUCGAAAACCCAGGAGCACAGAAACAGUCAAGCCGAUGACAAGGAGGAGGAAGAGAGGACCUCCAGAGACAAGGACAGUGGAAGUGUAAGAAGACACAAAGCUAAAGGCCAGUCUAGCCGGUUACUGAAGGUUAAACUAAACCUGAACCCGCUACGAAAAAGCAAAGUCCAUCCUAAGAGGAAAACUGAGCACGGCCACUCGGAGAAAAGCAGCUCAAAGAAGAGCAAAGAUAAAAGGCCAGAUGGAAAAGAAAGAGGAGAGAGGGAAGGGAAAGGAAAGUCUGGUAAGAAAACGAAGAGUAGCAGCGAGAAAGCAAAGAAAUCCACCAAGACUAAAGGAUCGACUGAGGAUGGUGAGGAAGAGAAGGAAGGAGGAGGACAGAAAAGCAAAAUAACUCCCAAAGGGGGGGCAGGUGGGCAGGAAAGUACUGAAGGCAACCAGGGAGAGAAUAAACACCAAGAGAACUCUCAACCUGCUGAUACCACUAAUACUGCUGACCAAUCAGCCUCUGCUAUUGCCAUUGGACAGAGACAAAAUUUGCAGGGUGGGACUAUUCAGUAUCAGGGAGCUGGAUUGGUUCUGGGGAGUGCUCAACUGUCCUCGCAGCAUCCCUUAUCAGCAGGCUCACAACUGACCGGCAGCAGCCUCGCUCUUCCAGGAGGGAAUUUUUUGCUCAACACCAUGACCCCAGGAUCUAAUGCACGGUUCCCCAACUAUCCAGCUAAUUCCAUUGCUCCUAGCAUAGCAAGCAGUGGGCCCAACAUGGCUCCAUGUGGUGCCCCAGACAGCUUCAGCAGACAAGCUGGGGUAGGCCUCAUGGCUCCUGCUACCUCUCUUCUAGCUAACACUGGAACUGCUAACUCUUUGCAAGCAAGUGCAAUGCAUAAUGCUCCUCUUCAUACCUCAGCUGCCCAGCCUGCAGGAUUAGCCCCGAACAUUACAGCAAACCUAGUUUUUAAUCCUGCACCUGGGCAUUCUCUCUCGCAGAGCCAGCUGCCUCCUGACAGCUCUCCUCUUAUAGCAAGACUGAAGUCUGAUCCAGCCCAGGGACAAGGCCUUCAGACUGGCAGAGAAGCAAAUCAGCUGCCCCUGGAAUCUCAAGCACCCCAGUCAAAGGAGAACCUCACUCUCCGAACUCAGCCACCUCCAAAUGCAGAUGUUUUUUCUGGGGUGACCCCUCAGGCUCCCGCACCAGUGACCAGUGCAGAGAAUUUGUCGAACAAUAACAGUCAGACAGAGACCGGGUGUGUACCUGCUGGGUCUACAGUCAGUGUAUCAGCUGGGGUUGUGGCUCUUGCUGAAGGACUUGCAGCAGGUGCGUCAGGAGGCAGCAUGCAGGCAGCAGAUGUGUCCAUAUCAGGUGUCUCUGCACCCAGUAUGUCUACACAGAGUGUAUCCUCUACAGGUGAUGCAGUUACGACUGCUGCACUGCUGCAGCAGGAGUACCUGUUAGAAGAAGGAGGAUCGCCCCCCAGGAGGAAACUGAAGCUGGUGCUUCCUGAGAAGACGUCCGGCCGACCACCCACUGCACUGGAGAGGAAAAUACGCUAGCUAUCGUAGUUAAUGGUUGACGAUCUAAUUUAAAGUUUUAGAUCAGACACAGAAAAUACUGUAGAUGAGACUGAUGCAUUCAUCAAAAUGUAUUUUUUAGGAUGUUUUACAGAUGUUAAGUGUUUUAUUUUUAUAAUUAUAAACAGCAAAAAAAAAAAAAAGAAAAAGUGCUGGAGCCUUCAACCAUACCACAUGAUCUUCACCAGCAGAUGGAGUUUCCUCAGUUGUCACAUAAAGGACUCAUUGUCUAUGUUGGCUUACAAGUUGAGAUUUAGUUGAGUAAGAAUCUCUGCUUUUAUUUUUAAGUUUCAACCUCACUUCACUAACAAGACAAAACUUGACCACGCCUGUUGCAUGCAGCUUCUCAAUUCACUUUACACAAAGAAAAAAGAAUCACGAAAUACGAAACAUAUUUUAACUCACACUGUCUUAGCUACUGGCACUUUAGGCUGCACAUUCAGCUUGAAAGGCAAGGAAAUAGUAUGCCAAAAGUUCACAAAAAUAGGUUUAGGGUUUAGGGUCGCCAAAGCUUCACAGGGGGUCAAGAGGCCUUCUUCUUUUUAAGGGGGUGUAAUAAAAUGUUGUUUUUAAAGUUUGUAAAUUUGUAAGUAUGUAUGAUUGUUAAAUACAUAAAAACACAUAAUACAGACAGAAGUGGUAUACAAAGUUACUACAAAUAAAACCCAUCUCUGAUUGUUGGAUGUGAUCCCUGUUUCUGGAUGUGUUUUUAUUUUUUUUUAAACUGCUUUUUUAAACUCAGAUUUCAUGUAUACGUGGUGUGCUCUUUAUUGUAUGACCGUUUUCCUAAAUUGUACUCUUUUUUUAAAAUGGCAGUAUAUCACCUGCCUUCCAGUAUUACAGUACACUUUUUUUUUAUUGAAUCCUAACCCCUGUAUCUUGAUCCUUAUGUUAUUGCCACAUACUUGCCAGUACACAGCCCUGUUAGCAACUUGUUGAUGAAGAUCAUGUGAUAUGAUCAAAAGUACCAAACAGUUACUAAAUGGACCUUGAUGUGAGAUCAAUUGCUGUUAUGUGGUAUGGUGGUUUUUAUUUGUACUUUUAAAUUAUGAUUGCUCUCUGACGCUAGCGGUCAGCAUUAUAACAAUGUU